UUCAUUUCUGCAGUGAUGUCGCCUUCUGUAUUGAACAGCUGAUACCUGUAACUAAAUACCCCUGUCUAAUGAUAAGAGAAAUACCUGCACCAGUCUGAAGCGUUCACUAGCUCUUUGGGGUAGGAGCUGUGGCAAAGCUCUUUAUAGACUAUUAGAACAGGUGAACAAGUGACUGACAAACUGUUUCAGCUGAAAGUGUCAGGGUUAGAGUCAGAAGACGUGGAUUCAGAUCCUCACCUUAUGCCUUCCUGCCUGUGUAACCUUGUGCAAACUUAUCCUCUUCUGCACCUCAUUUUCUUCAUUUGUAAAAUGUAAGGUUUGACCUUUGAAGUUCCUUCCAAAUCUGAAUUUAGGAUCACAUAACAUCUGUAAAAUGAGAGAUUUAUAAAGAGUUAGAAACCUUCCUCUGCUCCCUGCGAAGUUUGGUGCAGGCUUUUACCUUUCCUUAUUGCUGUUACUAUUUGAUUAUGACAAAGUGGAACUGGCCAACAUGAAUAGACUUUUCUUCCAGCCCCAUCAAGCAGGAUUAAGCAAAGUUCAAGCAGCAGAGCAUACUUUACGGAAUAUUAAUCCUGAUGUUCAUUUUGAAGUAUAUAAUUAUAAUAUUACCACAGUGGACAACUUUCAACAUUUUAUGGAUAGAAUAAGUAAUGGUGGCUUGGAAAGUGGGAAACCUGUUGAUCUAGUUCUGAGCUGUGUGGACAACUUUGAAGCUCGAAUGGCAAUUAAUACAGCUUGUAAUGAACUUGGGCAAACAUGGAUGGAAUCUGGAGUCAGUGAAAAUGCAGUCUCAGGGCACAUACAACUUAUCAUUCCUGGGGAGUCUGCUUGUUUUGCGUGUGCUCCUCCACUGGUAGUUGCUGAGAAUAUUGAUGAAAAGACACUAAAAAGAGAAGGAGUUUGUGCAGCUAGUCUUCCCACUACCAUGGGAGUGGUUGCUGGAAUUCUUGUACAAAAUGUGUUAAAGUUUCUGUUAAAUUUUGGUACUGUGAGUUUUUACCUGGGUUAUAAUGCAAUGCAAGAUUUCUUUCCCACCAUGUCCAUGAAGCCAAAUCCUCAGUGUGAAGACAGAAACUGCAGGAAGCAACAGGAAGAAUAUAAGAAAAAAAUUGCAGCUCUACCCAAACAAGAGGUUGUUGAACAAGAAGAAGAAGAAAUACUUCAUGAGGACAAUGACUGGGGUAUCGAGUUAGUAUCUGAGAUUUCAGAAGAGGAGCUCAAAGAUGCUUCUGGUCCUGUUCCUGACUUGCCUGAGGGAAUUACGGUGGCAUACACAGUUCCAAGAAAGGCAGAAGAUGCCCUGCCUGGGGGGGAAUCAGUGGAAGAUUCUGGGGAGAGUUUGGAAGAACUUAUGGCCAAGAUGAAGAACAUGUAGUGUUGUUUCACUUUGUACCUUCUGGAGAAACUGAAGAAAUAAACUUUAGAAGCGUUGACAAUUCCUGCAUUGCUAGUAAAGUGUACGGUGGCUUCAUUUGAUAUGUAGUCUUUAUUGGUACUGUGUCUUUUUGAAAUUAAGAGUACCUUGAUUUCAUUUAUUCAGCUGAAGAGUCCUCAGACUGUGAAGAAGGAACUGUAAGAGGCUGUGACAUUUUUUUCAGAUCUAGCCACUGAGAUAUAAGGCUUUAGGCCCCAAAUAAGAAGGUCAAGGUAAAUAAAUGUCACCCUCUGAAAUAGAUGCUGUGGAAUCAGAUAAAUUGUGCACAGAAACCCAUACUACCUUAAGGUUUGGAGGCCAGUUACAGUUAAGAUUAAGGAGUUGUCUUUGUUGCACCUUGAUAGCAUAUGACCUAAAAUAUUGAAAUUGAAAAUAAAUUUUGUAAAAUUUAAAAAUAUUAGUAUAUGAUGUUGAAAUAAAGACAAUGAUCAGUAUAAACCAGGUGGUGGUUCUCAGGGAAGCUACAAUGAGAGUUGGAGAGAAAUCAAUAUUUAACUAAUGCUAUAUCUGAUGGGACAUGAAUAUCUGGUCACUAAAAAGGUAAACUGUAUACUAGCUAAGAUUAUAUCGUAUUCUUGAUGAGAUCUUUCAAGAUGAUUGCUUAUUCUGAUUAAACGUACAUUUAGCAGCCUUCUGAAUAUUUUUCACCUUACUUUAAUAUUUUACUUUUAUUUCUUAGAUACCUAGAUACUAGGAAAAAGAAGCACUGGAUAAUCUCUGUAUAGCCUCUGUGUUAAUUUGGCUUUGUAGUUGGGCAUCUUAGAUCCCAGUUACUCCUGUAUGAGUUGAAUAUUGAAGUUUCAGACUUGCACAGCGUAGAGACAAAAAACCUUUAAUUGCGAUCGCAUCAAGAGGGAUGCUCAAUUGGAAGUAGUUUGUUGUUUUUACCCAUUACAACAGUCCUGUUCACAAAUGUCAAUUUUUAAUGGGCUACUCAGACAGAUGAAACAGACCAGUAAUGUCCUGGUUGAAAGAAAUGUGUUGUUUUUUUAAAACAAAUAAUAUAGUUAUUAUUUAUUAAUAUACUAUUGCUAUAUUGUUCCCAUUGCUGUUUAAAUCAUGUUUUUAAAAUGUAAAUACAGCUUUCCUUCUAAUACUCUAAUGAAAGCAAUAUUGUAAACUUUUUUUUGCUUUGAAAAACAUAUCCAUAUCUGAACUGAGUCUAGUGAAAGAAAAUUCUGAUAAUUUACUCAUCAAGAACAUGUCAUAUGUAAAGUGCAAAAAGCUUAAAAACCGCAGUAAAUUUUUUCAGAAAGAUAAACCUCCUAUCUAAUGUCGUGACUGUUUAUCUUUUGAUGUUCCAAGGCUGUAUUGGUGAUUAUCAUCAUCAUAUAAUACUGAAGGGAGAAAAACUGGGACACUGUAGCUGUCUUUCCUGGGGUACUUCAUUUCUGCACCUCACCUUAUUGCAAACAGUCCCCUUUAGUUCAUAGGAAUAUUAUGAGAAUCAAGUAAUCUCUUGGAAAUGUUUAUUUCCUUGGAAAUUACUUCAUUGACAUUGUAAGGUUUUACUUACUUGUUUUUAAAAUAUGAACUGUGACGUGAUACAUGUGUUCUGACAGUAGAAAAAUAAUUGGUUAACAGUGUUUAAUAUAGACUUUUUUAUGUACUGUAUUACUCUUACUACUUUUUGUGCGGACUUGUGAUUUCAUUACCGAAUAGAUUUCUCAAUGUGGAAGCUUCCUUUCACCCUUGAAGAUGGUGAUCCGUAACACUGAUCUGUAACUCAGUCUUAGCUGUGUGGGAAAACUGAGAGGUUUAAGAUUUGUUUAUGUGUCUAAAGCAGACCUUGAACCCAGGUCUUCCUGACUUUACCAUACUGCCUCUCAAUGCUUUAUUGUGUAAAGUUUCUGUAAAUUAGAAAAAAAAAGUUAAUGUAUUAUUAUACUUUAUUCAAACAAAUUUUGAUUAGAAGCAUCAACUAAGGAGCUAUGCUAUCUCUUAAAAAAACAACCUUAAGAAUUGAAACUGACUCCCCCUAUCAUUUUCCAAUUUAUUGUAAAUGUGCAUUUAUAUAUUUUCAAAAUUAAAAGCUCACAAUUAACAAAUACAAACAAUAUGGAAUAAAAUUUGAAAUAAUCAUAAAGUCAAAACCAUUUAAAUAUUAAAUACUAAACCUUGUGUCUCACUUUACUAUCAAUAUUAAUCAUUGAUCCACCAAAUUAUCAGAAAUAAAGUUUAAGCACUUACAUAAUUUGUGUUCCUUCCCAGCUUUUUUCAUACAAGUGAAAUAUAGAGUAUGUCUAUGUACAAUCCAUGCAGUGCACACGUUACGUACAUAUUUAAUGUUUAACAUUAAGAAGUAUAUAUUUGGUGUACACAUGCAAACAAUAGUGCAGUCCUGCUGGAAGACAAACGCUAGGCUGUAAUGGGUUAUCCCUGACCUGGAGGUCCGGCGCUUUAAUUUUCAACUCGGGUGCAGUUUUUCCAGCUCAUUCUCUCCUGGGAUACUCUGAUCUUUAGCUUGAAAUAAAGGAGAAGGUAGCCAGUUCUUUCUCUUGUUAUAAUGGCCCUCUCACCCAAGCUGGACUUCUUUGUAUCAGAAGAGUGACAGAGCAAUCAAUAUUAGAUUUGAGAUGAAAUCAAAAUAUUAAAAUGACUUUUUUUAAAAUUACAAAAAGAAAAAAAAACAUUUCCA